CACUUUCACAAACUUAAUAUGACAGUCUGCAGAGAUUAGGCAGUCGAAGUAAAGCACAGACAAUUUACUGGAUGAAUAAGGCACUCUUGAAGCAUACUGGCAGUUGUGAAAUGAAUUGGUUUCUCAGACGACUCCAGAGGACAGAUGACAGCUCUGCUCCCAGUCAUGGGUUUACAGGGACUGAGUCUUAAGCAGUAGGAACCAAUGCCUUAGACUCCCCUUCAUGGACAUCUGGAGUCACAAUGGUUAUUGAUAUAAACAGUAGUCACUUAUUCAGCAAUAUCAAAUCUUUUAUCAACAAAGAUAAGCAGCUAACUACAGCUAGAAUGAUUGCUGGCUCACUGGAUCCAUACCCCUUAAAGAUCUUUCAGGAUACUACAGCAGGUCUUCUGCCAACUUCUAGUCCUUCAGCAGAGAAUGACACGCAGUGCGGAGAACAGAUUUUAAAUUAUGGUAACAUUGAGAAAGUUAUUAUAGGGGCAAUCCUCUCUCUGAUCACUUUACUGACUAUUGCUGGGAACUCCUUGGUGGUUAUUUCUGUGUGCUUUGUGAAAAAAUUAAGGCAGCCCUCUAACUAUCUGAUUGUUUCCCUGGCUCUGGCAGAUCUCUCUGUGGCUGUGGCUAUUAUGCCAUUUGUGAGUGUUACAGACCUCAUUGGAGGAGAAUGGAUCUUUGGACAUGUUUUCUGCAACGUUUUCAUUGCCAUGGAUGUAAUGUGCUGUACUGCUUCAAUUAUGACAUUGUGCGUCAUCAGUAUUGACAGGUAUCUUGGGAUAACAAGACCUCUGACAUACCCUGUGAGACAAAAUGGGAAAUGUAUGGCCAAAAUGAUAUUUGCUGUAUGGCUACUAUCGGCUUCCAUUACCAUACCACCGCUCUUUGGCUGGGCCCAGAAUGUCAACGAUGACAAAGUAUGCCUAAUUAGUCAGGACUUUGGUUAUACAAUUUAUUCCACUGCAGUAGCAUUUUACAUCCCCAUGUCAGUCAUGUUGAUAAUGUAUUAUCGUAUUUACAAAGCUGCUAAAACAAGUGCUGCAAAACACAAGUUUACAGGCUUUCCAAAGGCAGAAGAUGAUGACGGCACUGAAUCUGCAUAUGGGGCUGUUAAACUGCACAAAGAGUCUGAAGAGUGCACUCAUUUCUCAAAACUUCUUAGAAAUGAUAGAAAAAACAUCUCCAUCUUUAAAAGGGAACAAAAGGCUGCAACAACACUUGGGAUUAUUGUUGGAGCUUUUACUGUGUGUUGGUUGCCAUUUUUUAUUCUUUCUACUGCAAGACCUUUCAUUUGUGGCACCGAAUGUAGCUGCAUCCCUCUAUGGCUUGAAAGAACUUUUUUAUGGUUGGGAUAUGCAAACUCUCUUAUUAACCCUUUCAUAUAUGCUUUCUUCAACCGAGACCUGAGGACAACAUACCGCAAUUUACUUCAGUGUAGAUAUAGGAACAUCAAUCGCAAACUAUCAGCUGCAGGGAUGCAUGAAGCCCUGAAAGUAGCAGAAAGACCAGAACUUGUGCUGAAAAUAUUUUCAUCAACAGAAAGAACAGAAUGGGAAAGUAUGGAAAAUGGAAUUACAAUUCACCAACAUUUCAGCUGAGCCUAGCAGGUGAAGAAGACAGUCUGAACUUAAAAGUUAUGUAUGAUACUCAAGAAAUGAUGGGGACUAUUAUUACACAGGAAUAGCACAGUCCAUAAAGAAGAAAACUUGCUUUUCUGUGAAAAUAGUAGGUGUCAAGAAAUCCCUUGUCCUGACAGCUAUUUAUCAAAACUAAAAACUUUAAUACAUAGUUUUCUAUUGUAACAGACAACGACAACUUGAUGUACAAUGUAGAAUGUCUUAAAAACAUACACUGCAAAAUAAAAACACUUUUGUGCAAAUGUCUGAA